GCCAAUUAUGUGCAGGUGCGGGUGAUUGUGGCUGACUUUCCGACAGCAUCUUACCUGCAUUGCUCAGUACCAAAACAAUUGUUGUUAAAUGUAACGUAAACAAGUAUUCUUACUAAAAGAAGCUUUCGUAGCAAAACCGACAUCUCGAGUCAUUACUAAGAAGUUAGUUCAUCUAAAAUUUGGUGCCGAAACCCGGGAUAUGAGCUGCGACGAAGAAGUGGCUGAAAUGGCUGAGGAGGAACGUCGGCAUGAAGCAGAAAGAAUGAGACGAAAGCGGGGUACCAUUCGAGGCGCAACAACGCAGAUUUUGAAUCAGAUUGACGUGGAAACAUCCCAGUCAAAUCCGGAUACCGAGUACAUUGUUGGAAUUGUUAUCAGCUAAGGAGGACAGUUUGUUUGAACUCGAUCGUGGAAUUGAAGUUAACGCCAUUGGACGGAUUGGAGGCAGAGAUUGCAUGCAUGGAGGAUUAUAAAGAGCGCAUUAUCAUGCUGAAGAGUCGUGCACAAAGAGUGAUAACGAAGAAACCGGAUGUCAAUCCACUACCAGCCCGGGGAUCCAGGCAGAGAGAAAGGUGGAAGGAGACGGCUGGACUGACAAUGACCACUGAAGGGAAUCCCAGCCUCUCUGCCAAACUGCUGCAACUGGUGCUGCUGUCCACCUACUGGGGCAUGCAGAUCUGGUUUACCUGCAUAUCAAGCUUGGUGAUGGACAGCCACCUGAACAGACACACAUUUGGUUUGAUCCAGAGCAGACUGGUUCCGUUCUACCUUCACCUGGGCUCUCUCUGUGCCUUCCUCAACCUGACGCUGUUCGCUGUCUACCACCCUGCAGACCUGCUAGAUGACAGAGAGGCCUUCCAGAUUGGGGUAUACUUCCUGUGUGUGUCGGUAGCAGCGGUCAACGCCCAGUGGUUCGGUCAGAUGACAUCAGAGAUAAUGGAAGACAUGCAUCUAAUGGAGCAAGCACAAGGAUUGGGCCAGGACAUUGGUCUAUCUACCAAUAGGGAGGCUUACGCCAAGCUGUGUGAGACAGACGGUAGAUACAGGCGUCUGUCUGGUCGGCUGUGGCUUUACAGACUGUUGUCUUCGCUGUGUAACAUCUGCUGCAUUACCUGCAAUGCAUACAGCCUGUACUACCUAGCAGAGAACCUUACUUCACUAUAGCACAGUUACCAAAUCUGCAGUAUCUAUUGGCUGGGGAAAUAUGGAUGGUAAGUCCACGGGUGGCUGGAGUUAAUGGUAUCGACACAUUAAAAUCAUGGUUUCAUACCAUUCACAUUACUAUGAGCCGCGCUACCCUCACCAGCCUCCCGUGGUUAAGUCCAGCAACACUCAGGUUUGUUCUUUUUCAAGCCAUUUUAAUCUUCUACUAGAGCGAUAGAGGGGAUGUAUUUUAUUAAACUAGAGGAGAGAUGGAGGGGAUGUAUUUUAUUAAACUAGGAGAGGUGGAGGGAUGCAUUUUAUUAAACUAGGAGAGGUGGAGGGAUGUAUUUUAUUAAACUAGAAGAGGUGGAGGGAUGUAUUGUAUUAAACUAGGAGAGGUGGAGGGAUGUAUUUUAUUAAACUAGAGGAGGGAUGUAUUUUAUUAAACUAGAGGAGGGAUGUAUUUUAUUAAACUAGAGGAGGGAUGUAUUUUAUUAAACUAGGAGAGGUGGAGGGAUGUAUUUUAUUAAACUAGAGGGAUGUAUUUAAUUCAACUAGGAGAGGUGGAGGGAUGUAUUUUAUUAAACUAGAGGGAUGUAUUUAAUUCAACUAGGAGAGGUGGAGGGAUGUAUUUUAUUAAACUAGAGGGAUGUAUUUAAUUCAACUAGGAGAGGUGGAGGGAUGUAUUUUAUUAAACUAGAGGGAUGUAUUUAAUUCAACUAGGGGAGAGAUGGAUUUUAUUAAACUAGAGGGAUGUAUUUAAUUCAACUAGGGGAGAGAUGGAGGGAUGUAUUUUAUUAAACUAGAGGGAUGUAUUUUAUUCUACUAGAGAGAUGGAGGGAUGUAUUUUAUUAAACUAGAGGGAUGUAUUUUAUUAAACUAGAGGGAUGUAUUUUAUUCUACUAGAGGAGAGAUGGAGGGAUGUAUUGUAUUAAACUAGAGGAGGGAUGCAUUUUAUUAAACUAGAUGAGAGAUGGAGGGAUGUAUUUUAUUCUACUAGGGGAGAGAUGGAGAGAUGUAUUUUAUUCUACUAGAGGAGGGAUGCAUUUUAUUCUACUGGAGGAGAGAUGUAUUUUAUUAAACUAUAGGAGAGAUGGAGGGAUGCAUUUUAUUAAACUAGGGGAGGGAUGUAUUUUAUUCUACUAGAGGAGGGAUGUAUUUUAUUAAACUAGAGGAGAGAUGGAGGGAUGUAUUUUAUUAAACUAGGAGAGGGAUGUAUUUUAUUAAACUAGGAGAGGGAUGUAUUUUAUUAAACUAGGAGAGGGAUGUAUUUUAUUAAACUAGGAGAUGUAUUUUAUUAAACUAGGAGAUGUAUUUUAUUAAACUAGGAGAGGUGGAGGGAUGUAUUUUAUUAAACUAGAGGAGAGAUGUAUUUUAUUAAACUAGAGGAGAGAUGUAUAUUAUUAAACUAGAGGAGAGAUGUAUAUUAUUAAACUAGGAGAGGUGGAGGGAUGUAUUGUAUUAAACUAGAUGAGAGAUGGAGGGAUGUAUUUUAUUCUACUGGAGGAGAGAUGUAUUUUAUUAAACUAGAGGAGGGAUGCAUUUUAUUCUACUAGAGGAGGGAUGCAUUUUAUUCUACUAGAGGAGAGAUGUAUAUUAUUAAACUAGGAGAGGUGGAGGGAUGUAUUGUAUUAAACUAGAUGAGAGAUGGAGGGAUGUAUUUUAUUCUACUGGAGGAGAGAUGUAUUUUAUUAAACUAGAGGAGGGAUGUAUUUUAUUCUACUAGAGGAAGGAUGUAUUUUAUUCUACUAGAGGGAUGCAUUUUAUUAAACUAGAGGAGAGAUGCAUUUUAUUAAACUAGAUGAGAGAUGGAGGGAUGUAUUUUAUUCUACUGGAGGAGAGAUGUAUUUUAUUAAACUAGAGGAGGGAUGCAUUUUAUUCUACUAGAGGAGGGAUGCAUUUUAUUCUACUAGAGGAGAGAUGGAGGGAUGUAUUUUAUUCUACUAGAGGGAUGCAUUUUAUUCUACUAGAGGAGGGAUGUAUUUUAUUCUACUAGAGGGAUGCAUUUUAUUCUACUGGAGGAGAGAUGGAGAGAUGUAUUUUAUUAAACUAUAGGAGAGAUGGAGGGAUGUAUUUUAUUAAACUAUAGGAGGGAUGUAUUUUAUUCUACUAGAGGAGGGAUGUAUUUUAUUAAACUAGAAGAAGUGGAGAGAUGUAUUUUAUUAAACUAGAGGAGAUAUGUAUUUAAUUCAACUAGGAGAAGUGGAGAGAUGUAUUUUAUUAAACUAGAGGAGAGAUGUAUUUUAUUCUACUAGAGGAGAGAUGGAGGGAUGUAUUUUAUUAAACUAGAGGAGAGAUGCAUUUUAUUAAACUAGAUGAGGUGUAGGGAUGUAUUGUAUUAAACUAGGAGAGGUGGAGAGAUGUAUUUAAUUCAACUAGGAGAAGUGGAGGGAUGUAUUUUAUUAAACUAGAGGAGAGAUGUAUUUUAUUAAACUAGAGGAGAGAUGUAUUUUAUUAAACUAGAGGAGAUAUGUAUUUUAUUAAACUAGAGGAGAGAUGUAUUUUAUUAAACUAGGAGAGAGAUGGAGGGAUGUAUUUUAUUAAACUAGAGGAGAUAUGUAUUUUAUUCAACUAGGAGAGAGAUGGAGGGAUGUAUUUUAUUAAACUAGAGGAGAGAUGUAUUUUAUUAAACUAGAGGAGAGAUGUAUUUUAUUAAACUAGAGGAGAUAUGUAUUUUAUUAAACUAGGAGAGGUGGAGGGAUGUAUUUUAUUAAACUAGAGGAGAGAUGCAUUUUAUUUUUAUUUUACCUUUAUUUAACCAGGCAAGUCAGUUAAGAACACAUUCUUAUUUUCAAUGACGGCCUGGGAACAGUGGGUUAACUGCCUGUUCAGGGGCAGAACAACAGAUUUGUACCUUGUCAGCUCGGGGGUUUGAACUCGCAACCUUCCGGUUACUAGGCUACGCUGCCGCCCCAUUAAACUAGAUGAGAGAUGGAGGGAUGUAUUUUAUUCUACUAGGGGAGAGAUGGAGAGAUGCAUUUUAUUAAAUUAGAGGAGAGAUGUAUUUUAUUCUACUAGAGGAGAGAUGGAGGGAUGUAUUUUAUUAAACUAGAUGAGAGAUGGAGGGAUGCAUUUUAUUCUACUAAAGGAGAGAUGCAUUUUAUUCUACUGGAGGAGAGAUGGAGGGAUGUAUUUUAUUAAACUAGAGGAGAGAUGGAGGGAUGUAUUUUAUUCUACUAGGGGAGAGAUGGAGAGAUGUAUUUUAUUCUACUAGGGGAGAGAUGGAGAGAUGUAUUUUAUUCUACUAGGGGAGAGAUGGAGAGAUGUAUUUUAUUCUACUGGAGAGAUGGAGGGAUGCAUUUUAUUAAACUAGAUGAGAGAUGGAGGGAUGUAUUUUAUUCUACUAGGGGAGAGAUGGAGAGAUGUAUUUUAUUCUACUAGGGGAGAGAUGGAGAGAUGUAUUUUAUUCUACUAGGGGAGAGAUGGAGAGAUGUAUUUUAUUCUACUGGAGAGAUGGAGGGAUGCAUUUUAUUAAACUAGAUGAGAGAUGGAGGGAUGUAUUUUAUUCUACUAGGGGAGAGAUGGAGAGAUGCAUUUUAUUCUACUGGAGGGAUGUAUUUGAUUCUACUAAAGGAGAGAUGCAUUUUAUUCAUGCACCCAGUCAUUGCACUAACACCAGUUAAUAUUGGCUCACAAAAGUAUCCUUGCGUUAAUCAGACUGGGGAAGUAGAUAAAGGUUUUCAUUGUCAAAAUCCCUUUAAAAUGUAGAGCUGAUGUGGAUGGUGUCAGUAAAGCAAGAGAUUAUUUUUAAAGUCACAUUUACACAACCCUCAUCUACCGGUAGAAAUUAGGGGGUGGUGAGGUCAUCACUCUCCUGCAAGACUCAGCCUAUCCUGUGGGGCUGCCAUGGGGGCCUCCAGGUGCGUCCUUGAUGUCAUCUCCUGAGAACGCUCCAACCUGUGUGUUGGCUUCAUAGAGGUAGAAAGGACUCGGUGCCUCAAUGGAUUCUGUGACAGCAUGGGUAGCUCCAUCUCAAUUUGAAAGUUGUCCAUUUUCUUUUGUGUUUAAUAAGAGUAUUGCUAAUAUUGGUGAUUUAGCGCCACCUGCAGUGCUGAACCAAAUCUUGACUCAUUUGUUGGCUACCAAAUUGAUAAAAAUGUAUUUUACAAACCAUAGGCAACAAUUCACUGAACACUCCCCACUCAGUUGACUACUUUGAAAUGGUGGAAGACAUUUUUUUUUCACUUUGACUUUUCUACAUUGUAGAAUAAUAGUUCAGACAAACUAUGAAAUAACACAUGGAAUCAUGUAGAAAUCAAGUGUUAAUAAAUCAAAAUAUGAGAUUCUUGACAGCUUUGCAUUCUCUCAACCAGCUUCAUGAGGUAGUCACCUGGAAUACAUUUAAAUUAACAGGUGUGCCUUAAAAGUUAAUUUCUGGAAUUUCUUUCCUUCUUAAUACGUUUGAAUCAAAGUAGGGGUGGUAUACAGAAGAUAGUCCUAUUUGGUGCAAAAAACAGCUCAAAUAAGCAAAGAGAAAAAAAAACGGUCAGUCAAUACAGAAAAUGUAUUCCAAGUGCAAAAACCAAGCGCUAUGAUGCAACUGGUUCUCAUGAGGACCACCACAGGAAAGGAAGACCCAGAGAAUACAUUUAUUAGAGUUACCAGCCUCAGAAAUUGCAGCCCAAAUAAAUGCUUCAGAAUUCAAGUAACAGACUGCAUGAAUCAGGCCUUCAUGGUCAAAUUUCUGCAAAGAAACCACUACUUAAGGACACCAAUAAGAAGACUUGCUUGGGCAAAGAAACACAAGCAAAGGACAUUAGACCAGUGGAAAUCUGCACUUUGGUCUGAUGAGUCCAAAUUUUAGAUUUUUGGUUCCAACCGCCGUGCCUUUGAGAUGCAGAGUAGGUAAACGGAUGAUCUCCGCAUGUGUGGUUCCCACUGUGGAGGUGAUGGUGCUUUGCUGGUGACACUGUCUGAUUUAUUUAGAAUUCAAGGCACACUUAACCAGCAUUGCUACCACAGCAUUCCAUAGCAAUACGCCAUCCCAUCGUGUUUGGUCUUAGUGGGACUAUCAUUUGUUUUUCAACAGGACAAUGACCCAACACACCUCCAGGUCGUGUAAGGGCUAUUUGACUAAGAAGGAGAGUGAUGCAUCAGAUGACCUAGCCUUCACAAUCACCCAACCUCAACCCAAUUGAAGGAAAAGCAGCAAACAAGAACUCAGCAUAUGUAGGAACAGCAUUCCAGGUGAAGCUGGUUGAGAGAAUGCCAAGCUGUCAUCGAGGCAAAGUGUGGCUACUUUGAAGAAUCUCAAAUAUAUUUAGAUUUGUUUUAACACUUUUUUAGUUACAACAUGAUUCCAUAGAUGUCUACACAUAUUUUACAAUUUAGGAAAUAAAAACCCCGGAAGCAGUAGGUAUCAACUUUUGACUGGUACUGUAUAUUUAUUUGGUGUUACAUGUAGGAGUGGAUUUCUUUUCAUUUGGUCGUGUUUUAAUCAAAUAUAUCUGAGGUGCCCUUGAGCAAGACAUUUAACCCCUAAUAUGCAGUGUUUUUCUGGAUCAAAAAGGGUGGUGGGUGUGGCUGAAUUUGAGCCCCCCCAUCUUGGCGGAGGUAGACAUUUUUUUAAAGCCAAUUUCUCCAUGGUGUUAGAAUACAUUUUGCAGUCUUAAAAGCAAAUGUCCUGCAAUUAAUUUACCAUGGCUAAUGCUGUGUUCUAACAAAUCAAUACCGCUUAAUUGCUUUUGAAAUGUAAAUCUCCGACUGUCAAGCUUUUUUGUGAUUGUUAGUUCCAUUAACUUUAUUUGGUUUUAGUAAUUUGUUUACAUAAAUCCAGUGUAAGUAAUAAAAUUAAUUUAACGUA